AUGCUGCCGGUAGAAUACGAAGAAGUUUACGGCUCCCAGUUUAGCUACGAGCUCGCGCUGAUCAUCUACACCCGGUACCGCACAGUCGCAGAGGAGCCGAUCGAAUACGAUGUCUGCGAUUACCACUUCAACGCCAAGCUAGGCUUGGGUGUGCACAAGAAGAUCGGGUUUGCGGUAGUGUUCCACCGCGACGCACGGAAAAACUUUAUCAUUCCGCUGAGGUUGUUUGAGCGGUACGCGCAGGCCAUUUGUUCCAAGAUAAAGUCAUUCACAGAGGCAAUACGGUGCCAGCAGGCAAAGGACGAAAUUGUUAGGCAUCUCGAGUGGGACUGCGAAGUCGGCGAGCCCGGGUUCGAGCAUGGGCGCGGCCGGAUCAGCCCGCAAAGCAAGCCGAUCCAGGCGUUGCCCAUCCAUUUUGGUUUCGGCUGCGACUGCGGCAUCAUCAGACGACAAUUUGGCGAGUUGAGCCGCCACCCAUGUAUCCAAAAGGAUACAAUCCGGCCGGUGGCGUACCAAAAAUUCCCGCAGGUGAAGGGUCGAAUGGCCGCUAACUUUGAGGUUUACUGUCCCACCUACGGGGGGUACGUGGAAGAUCGCGCUCGAAUGAAAAGAGGGAGCAAGAUGCCGUCAUCAGUAGCAUCGUCAUCAUCAUCAUCAUCAUCAUCAUCAUCAUCAAACGCCACUGUUCUGAACGUGCGCACCACCAAUGUGCCAAACCUGCAGCACCACCCGUUGGUGAAACGGAUUCUCCAGGAAGUGGAUUGUGAUGCGGUAGACACUCAAGUGUCCGGAAUGAAGGAAGCGAGCAUGGUCGCAAAGAUCGCACAGCUCUUGGUGGGCGCCAUGACACUUCUCAACGCCAACAUCAACCAGAUCAAUCUCGCGGGGCUCCGAGUGGUGCGUCUUCUCAAAGUUGCCGCUAACAACAACAGUCGGUCGACGUAUUUCCGGGCGAUCCAAACGUAUCUUACUUGCGUGCAAUACAGCAAGUACAUGGCCGAGCUCGUAUACAUGGUAUUGAUGUAUGGCUCCAAAAGUGCAUUAUCCUUGGCGAUCACAGAAAUGCUCGAGAAGUAUAGAGAACAGGAUGUGGUGUUGGAGAUCAGCCCCCAUGAUUACCACAGCUUGACAGGCUACUCGCAGUUUAUCAGUGCUGACGAACGCAUGCGGAUCUUGAACCAGACUUUCACCGAGCCGCUACUCCGCGACAUCGACCAGCUCGUGCAUUGGAUCACAAACGAGUGUCUCAGGAAAGAGUUUUACGAAAACCUUGCGGUUGCGACGACAGAGGGCGUGUCCGAUGCAACGCCAGCAAGUGAUAUUAAUGCGGUUGACUUGGAGGGAGACGCCAUAGCCGCAGGAAUCUUGGAUGAAGACGAAGAAGGCGACAACGACGGAUUGGGGAUGUAUUUGGAGGCGAUUACUACUACUACUACUACUACUACUACUGCUGCUGCUGCUGCUGCUGCUGCUGCUGCUGCGGCAACCCCAACCGAGUCGAGGUCUGUGCCAACAGAGUCUGAGUCUGAGUCCUUGGCCGGUUUGUACUAUCCCCUUUAUGACGAACAAGAGGGAGAACAAGAACAGGAGAGCGGCCCAUCUUCGAACGAAAACUGGUUUGUGAUAUUCCUCGGGUUUCUAGGGUCUGUUUAUCCGACCAAGAAGUUCUGCCGGUCGUUGAGUGGAAUAGGUUACGUAGCCAAGACAUGCAUUUUGUUAGAUAUCAUCAAACGCGCCCGUAUUCGCCGUGUAUCACUUAGACAGGCAGAGGAUGUCUCGAUUGUGGAUGCCGGCCUGUACCGCUUGUUGACCCUGGCGCGCACUCACUACAUUCAUCUUGGACUCUCGUUGGCCCGUAGCGAAGGUAAUCUCUUCCGCCUCAACUUGACGACGGGGGACAUCUACAACAGCGAAAAUGCAGUUGUGGGUCACAAGAACAUGAUGCGUACCAUUUUCGAUCGGUUGUACGCGCUUGCAAAUUCUUUUGUUCUCGAAGUGUCCCAGGGCGAAGAGCUCGACUACUCGGUCGACAAUGCGCGGCUCAGCGACGGCAUGGUUUCCUUCACCGAGUGUGUCCAAGUACCGCUGUAUUUUCGGUAUAAGCUCCGGUUUUUCGAAUUGUAUAAUAAUGACAUAGGCCGGUUCCGCAAGGCGCAUUCCACGUUAACGCUUAUUCUCAUCACGCUCCUCCAUAUCCUGUGUUUGCCAGCACGCUCGACCGAGAUCGAUCGGCUAACGGUGGAAGGUGAUUCCAAACUGUAUCGGGGUGUGUAUUUUCUCGGCUCCACGUUUGGUUUCUGCUACAAUUACAACAAGUCGGCCAACGCCAAAGACCCCAUCAUCCGGGAAAUCGGGCCCGAGUUGUCGUCGUUGUUUUUGUGGUAUGUACUCGUCUACCGGAGAAUGUACGUUGAGCUGACAUUGAUAGAGGAUAGCACCAAGUUGUACCAGUUCGAUGCAGCGCUGACCGACAAGAUCCGGGCAGGCAUAGGGCUUUGGUUUUCAUACGGUAUGAAUAACCAUCGCAACUACAAGUUUUGCGAAGUGCGCCAGAUCCUCAAACGUUGCAUCGAGUUCCAUUACACCAAUGGAGUCAAGGCCGAUCUCGAGAUGUACCGCCAGGUCUACGAAACCAUUGCACGGACCCUGGGUCAUUCAGUGUCCACGUCCACCGAGCAUUACGGGACGAUCACCAAUUAUCCGCCAUCUGUCAACGCGGCCGAUGUGCUCCGGUCCCGUCAUUUGGGCCAGGUCUGGCACCGGCUGGGAUUACGACGGAAGUUUAUUACUUUCGAGGGCGAGAUUUUUGAUCCUGUUGAUGUGGAUGAGGUGGCAUCUGAUCUUUCAAAUGACCCGGCUAGUCCUACAUAG